GCUGGGCGGGGGGAGCGCCCGUGAGCGCCCAGCGCUUCCGGCCGCCGCGCGGAGCCUGGGGCUGCCCGCUGUUUGCAGAAAGAAGAAAGAUGGAAAGUAAUGCAGUUUUGCUAGAAUCAAAGUCCUCACCGAUAAAUCUUCUGAACGAAAUGCAUCAGUUACGUCUUCUGGGCCACCUUUGUGAUGUGACGGUUAGCGUGGAGUAUCAAGGUGUUAGGGGAGAGUUUGUUGCUCACAAAGCUGUAUUGGCAGCAACAAGCAAGUUCUUCAAGGAGGUGUUUCUUAAUGAGAAGAGCAUGGAUAGCUCAAGGACAAACGUGUUCUUGAAUGAGGUCCAGGUAGCUGAUUUUGCUUCAUUUCUUGAGUUUGUCUAUACUGCCAAGGUAGAAGUGGAGGAAGACCGAGUGCAACGUAUGCUGGAAAUAGCUGAAAAGCUUAAGUGCUUGGACCUGUCUGAAACCUGUUUUCAGCUGAAGAAGCAGAUGCUUGAAUCCGUGUUGUUGGAGUUGCAAAAUUUCUCUGAAUCGCAGGAUGCUGAGGAGGACAGUGGUACCCAAUCAAAUGCUUUACUUGAGUUGAAGACAACUGUUGUGGCAGAAGGUGACCAUACAGGCUAUCUUCCUGAUUCUCCCAGUUCCCCCAUGGAAAGACCCAGCAAUGGAGUGUCUCCUGACAGGCCAACUGCCAAAUCAAAAGAGAAGGUUGACAAGAAAAAAGAAACCAUGAAGCCUCCCUAUGCCAAAAUCAGAAGGGCCAGUGGGAGGCUGGCUGGGAGGAAAGUAUUUGUAGAAAUCCCCAAAAAGAAGUACACAAGGCGAUUGAGAGAGCAACAGAAGAAUGCUGAGGAUGCUACUGAAGAGAACAAGUUCCCAAAAGACCAAAUCAUGCAUGAUGUGGGGAAGGAAGAGGGGCAAGUGGAGAACAGUGUGAAGCCUGAGAAUGAAGAGUGCAAUGGCAACUUUGAAUUAGAAGACAACUUUAAAAAAUCAGAGGAGGAUAAGAAGAAACGAGGCGGCAACUUCAAAUGUAGCACCUGCAAGAAGGAAUUCCUGUAUGAGAGGAGCUUCCUCAAGCACAUAAAGCACAGUCAUGGCAUUGCGGCUGAAAUCAUUUACCGGUGCGAAACCUGCAGUCAGACCUUUGCCAACCGGUGCAAUUUAAAAAGCCACCAACGCCACGUCCACACCAGUGAGCGCCACUUUCCUUGUGAACUCUGUGGUAAGAAGUUCAAGAGGAAGAAGGACGUCAAGAGGCACAUUCUUCAGGUUCAUGAGGGUGGUGGGGAGCGUCAUCAGUGCCAACAGUGUGGAAAGGGUUUGAGCUCCAAAACUGCUUUGAGGCUUCAUGAAAGGACGCAUACAGGCGACAAGCCUUAUGGGUGCACAGAGUGUGAGGCUAAAUUUUCUCAGCCUUCUGCACUUAAAACACACAUGAGAAUCCACACUGGUGAAAAACCGUUUGUCUGUGAUGAAUGUGGUGCAAGAUUCACACAGAAUCACAUGCUUAUAUAUCAUAAAAGGUGUCACACAGGGGAAAGGCCGUUUAUGUGUGAGACCUGUGGGAAGAGCUUUGCCUCUAAGGAGUACUUGAAACACCAUAAUAGGAUACACACCGGAUCCAAGCCCUUUAAAUGUGAAGUUUGCUUCAGAACAUUUGCACAGAGGAAUUCGCUUUACCAGCAUAUUAAAGUUCACACGGGUGAACGGCCCUAUUGCUGUGAUCAGUGUGGUAAGCAGUUCACACAGCUCAACGCAUUGCAGCGCCAUCAUCGGAUACACACGGGGGAGAAACCGUUCAUGUGCAAUGCAUGCGGGCGAACGUUCACGGAUAAAUCGACCUUGCGGCGGCACACUUCAAUACAUGAUAAGAAUACACCCUGGAAGUCUUUCCUGGUUAUUGUUGAAGGAGUGUCUAAGAACGAUGAAGGUCACAAGACAGAGCUUCCUGAUGAAGAGUAUCGUGUGUCACCUAAAAUAACAGAGAAGUUGCUGUCUUUUUCUGAAAAUGGCCACUAUGAAAACUUGACUGCUGUCCCAGGGAGUGUGACUGCACUGCAUGACAACAGUUCUACGAUCGGGACAGACUGCAAAUCGGAUGGGACUGUGGGACCCCAAGAAGCCUUCCUAGCUACCACCUUAAGUGAGCUUACGGUACUGCAUACUCAGACAGAUGCUAUUCAGCCACAGCUCCAUGCUCUGGUGAAUAUGGAAUAAUUUGGUAUUGUUCACCAACCUAGCCUAGGCCAUACCUCUAAUAACUUCUGACUUUGCCAGUAACCUAGUGAUGUAAUUAGGAGAAAGCAUAGCCCCUAAAGGAAGAGGGACUAGUUGUGGAUGACAUUCAUGGCAUUUAUCUCCUCCUCACCCUUAAAACACCACCAAUCCAUAAUCUUCAAUUUGCAUAGUCUAGCGGUAGCUCCUUUUCCUGGCUGAUAGUUGUUAUUCCACUUUAUUCAUGUCUUGAUUUUUCUGUACCCUCUGUUAUGAACGUGUGAAAUAAUACAGUCACUUCAGAGAGCAGUUAACCUCAAGCAGAGCAUAUGAAGACCUGCCAUUGUUUUAAUCUCUGGAAAUCUGACCAUGCAGUCUUCUCUUCGCUACCCUUCCUGCAAAGGUGUGGUAAGCCCUUCUUCCUUAUGUUCGGAUGGCUUGAGUGCAGCUCCCUUAGAAAGGAGGGGGUGUGGGUUUUUUGUUUUGUUUCCAAUUCGAUUCCACAUGAGUGAACAAAACAGAAAUAUUGUGUUGCUUGUGGGCCUAAGUAGAAAAUAAAAUUCUGUUAAAUUUCAUUUCAGGAAGUGUUUUAAUCUUGGCUUUACCAAAGAUUCAAGCAGAAUCAUUUUAGUAUUUGGAAAAACCAAUGGGAACAAGCGUGGGAAAUGCAUGGAGUUACAUUCCAAUAGUGCUUAUUUUUCCAUAGCAAAAAUGUGGAACUUGUAACCUGUGGGUUGGAAGCAGAUUGUGCUGUUACAGAACUCACUGCAAUAAGUGUCAAUUGUGAAUUAGCAGGAUCGCUAAUUAUUGUUUAGUGAGUUAUUUUAAUAACGAAAGGUAAAUUACUGGUUCAUUGUCACCAACUUUUACACUAAAUUUGCACUCUUAAGCUCUGAUCUUGCAACUGGCUCUACUGGUGCAGAUCUGUAUUAACUAAUGUGGUUCCAUUUAAGCACAGGGGUCUCUCCUUAUGGAUUCAUUUGUGGGAUAGGGGCUGUAGGGUACAGGUGACAAGUGGGAUACAUUAAGGCCAUUCAAGUAGUUUCAGACUCCAAAGUUUACUGUUGAAAAGCUUUUACAAAACUUGUAAAGAAAAACAUCUUUGCGGUUAUUUCAAGAAGCCUUUUCUAAAAGUCAGUGUUGGAAAUGCAACCACUGCAGCUUUGGGCUAGUGCCAAAAAUAAAUGACAUCAGUGCGGAUGUUUAUAUUUUUUAAGCUUUUGUUUUCCUGAUUAGAAUGGUAUUUAGUAUCUGAGGUGAAAAAUUUAACAGGAAGAUAUUGACAAUGUGCCUUUUUUAAAUGUCAAGGAAGGUAGUGCUUGCUCCAAAAUCUAUUAAGGCAUUCGGAGUCUUCCCAUUGACUUCAGUGGGCAGUUGGAGCAGGCUUUAUGGGUUGAAUUCUGCAAGCUAUGCUCCUAUGAAGGAUCUGAGUGGCACUUCUCAUGGGUGUUGUGGGUUAACCUAGUAAGAGAUUGCAGGCUCAAACAUUUCUGUAGAACCCCCCCUUCCCCUCACCUUCUACAAAAAUCUGGUCAAGUUCAGGGUGUUAUUUUACAAUAAGCAGUAAAGGGAACACAAGUGGGAUGUCUCAGUACAACUAGUUUCUUUCCAUUGCAAAGGGUUUCACUUUCCAAGUUAGUUAGUGAGGGAAAAUGUAUAUCUUAAUGUUCAGUUAACCUAUCAUUUACAGUUUUUUCUUUGUUUUGUGAGCAAAUUACAUGUGUUGGUGUGUUAACUGAGCAGAGGCUGACUGGGUCAGUGAAGAAGGCCUGAGCCUGUUCCCACUGAUUUUAAGUGGAGCAGAAUUAGCCCUAUAGUUAAGAGUAUUUUAAGAUGAAGCUUUCAACAAUUAAACACCUUAAUCCCACUUGCCUUUUUUCAAAAGAUCAGUAUAAUUUUGUGCUUUUGGAAGCAUUGGUCAAGUAUUUUGCUACUAACAGUGACUAACUGUUCCAAAUCAGGCCAAAUCUUCUGCUGUGUCAGUUUAGAGGAGCUGAAGCUCUGCCCUUCUGAUUUUUGCAGAUAUUAAAUUUUUUGGUGAUCGUUUCUUAACGUGGGUGGCUUUUUUUUUUUUUUUAAGUAGCAGUUUGAGAAAAGUGAUGCAUUGUGCUUAACUUUCAGCAAGCUAUCACCCACUCCUAAAAGACUUACUGGUAGGCAAAGCAAUAAAAAUAACCAAACGAUGGACCAGAGUUUUGGGGGUUUUUUGAACCUUAAAGGAGCUUCUGAUGUUACCUUUGACCCCUAGCUUAAUCCAGGAAAAGGGUUUAAAAAAAUAGCUUUCCAGGAAGUUAUAUUUGACAUAUUUAUUCAAAAAUUGUGUUCUGAGUGUUGAAGUUCAAAUGAUUCCUAAUGACCAAUGUACAGUGUUUGUUGAUAUAUUUAAACCCUGAGUAAUACCUGUAGACAGGGGAAGUGAGUAACCUGUAUGAACUAUUAAAUCCUAUUAAAAUAUUGAACUAGUACUGCCCUUUUUGUAAGUGACUUGCUUGGAGUACCAGAUGGGCCUCUUCCCUGAGAACUAUGCAUUGUAUAUUGCAGAGAUCUGAUGAUUUUAGGUGAUUACAGUAGCAGGCCCCUGGGUACUUUUACAGUAAUUCUACAGAAGUUGUUACUGACGCCCUGGUGCCUUAGGCCUAAUCAUUCCAUUGUUUGUUACUCUGUUUUGCUUCCAUAGUGCUGAUAAACAGUUCUGCAACAAUUUUAAACAUACAUCAGAAAACUCUACAGGACUCAUCACUUUUCACAAGUGAACAAAGUCACACUGUAAGCCUGUUAGAACUUCAGUUGUACAGGCUUAUCUGUAUAGGUGUUUGGGGCAAGGUGAAAUUCAGUGCACAGCAUGCUGAAGAGUUACACACUAAAUAUGCAGAACCUGGAACCACUUGCUUUAGAGCACUCUUUGAAGGAAAGGGGUUUUACUGUUAAAAAUACAACUAUCAAACCGGGGAGUUUAAGUGCAUAGCAGUAGCCAUUCACCAGAAAAGAAUGCAUCACGAUUACUUAAUUUUUAUUUUAUUACUGUACUGGUUCACACAAAACAAUCUGUUCCUGCUAAGGCCAUUUCAUUAUUAGUUUUCCUAGUAGAUUCUUGACCCGGGGAAGGAAAAGUAACACCUUGACAAAGUUGCUUUAUGAUUUACAUGAUCUGAAAACUGGUAUAUCACAGCUUACAACAAAUUACAUUACAGAUGACAUGCUGCUAUACAAAAUCACCAAGGUUUGCAUUUAGACAAAACUACUACAUUACAGAGCGCAUUAACAACAGAUCACAGAUUAGUACCUAGAGUUCUGGUAUGUCAUCAGCAAUUUAUGCAUACUAUCAUAAUUGUGCAAAAAUACUGGUUUCUUUUAGGUUCUGGAAAAAUAAAUUAAAUUAACCACACAAAGUAAAAGGUAUGGAACCAGUGCCAAGUUAUGCUUAAA